GACAGCUGUCAAAACUGUUGGACGCGAAAUAGAAAAAAGAAUUCAGCUUCGGAGUGCGGCAUCGAAUUUCGAUUGAUAUUGAAACAAAAAGGCUAAUAAUUACCAAUCCUGCCCUUCUGUAUCGGUAAAAGUAACAUUCCUGAAGUAAACGCAGCAUCUAAAACAACUCUUAAUGCGUCGUAAAGCAAGCGGCAGUGUAAGUACGCCGGAAAAAUCGACCCCGCGUCGUUCCACGCGAGGCCGUGUCCGGCGUUCACCGUCGAAAUCGCCCGAACCGGAACCGGACACAGAUGAACGGGAGUACGGCGCUACUGCUAGUGCGCAGGAUGAGGAGAAAAACAGUAGCUCGGAGGAGGAAACCACCAGCCGUAAGGGGGGUGCGAGAGGUCGUGGAGCCCGCGGCAGGAGUACACCGUCACGGCGCAAAACGGACGAUACACCGCCACCGUCCCGCACCCGGCGCAACAGUCGCCGGGAGAAGGAAACGCAGGAAGAGCUACCCCCCCAGCCGGAUGUGCCCGGAGUAGAGGAAAAUGGAGCAGAAAGUAAGGUGGAACAGGUCGAGCAGCCUGAUGCAGUUGACACCGCGACGGCGGAAGAGGUGAUGGAACCGAUUCCGGAGGAGACUGCCGAAGAGCUGCAAUCGUCCGACACGGUGAACGAACAAAACGUCGUUCAGGACGAACAAGACGGAAGCGAAACGGUACGUGGCGACGAAACAGAGCACGAGGAACGGAACGAAAGUUCACCUGCACCGCGCGAGGAUUCGGCACCAGCACCGAAAGCAACAGAAGAAACCACCGUAGAAAAGGUAAGUCAUACAAAUGGAGAUGAAGAGGAAAAGGUCGAUGAGGAAACAGAUAAAGGCAACGACAGGCACACUGUAAAUGAACCGGAAGAUGCUCGCGAUGAUAGCAAAGCAGUCGUUAACAGUCGUUCUCGAACAAGGCAAGAAAGCGAAUCCAACGAAAGUGGACCAGAAGAAGAGCAAAGGGAGGAUGAAGAGGAUAAGGAGGAUCCGGGAGCGGCAAAAAGAAAUGAUCGCCACACGCCACAGGAACGCGAUGCACCGGCGGAAGAAUCUAUGGAUGUAGACGGUGCCGCGUCCGGCACAGAUGAGGAAGUGAAGGAUGCUGAUUCAAGCGAUAAACCACAGUGCGAUGAUGCUGUCGAACCGGACGAUCGCUCAAAGAAAGACUCAGCUACAGCACAGCCGGAUCCGACCGAGGGUGACGGUUCAUCACCACCCGCCUCGACCAAGGAUGAACAAAACGAGGAAGAGUUGGAAGCGGGUGAAAUAAAAGACACCGAUCCGGGCGCGUCGGAAUCGAACGCCAAGGAGGGCAGCCCUGUGAAGGAAGCACCACGCAUACGACCGCUUCAGCGCAAACGUCGUUGGCUUUCGUCAAAGAGCGGCGACAGCAAACCGGCCGUCAUUACCAUAUCGACGGAUUCGUUGAAAAAUAUUAUUUCCGACGUGAAGCCCGUCCCGCUGGCUGAUGUUAAACUGGAAUCCUCGUCGGAACCGGAAGGUGCAGAUGAAGCGGCUAGUGCGGAUGAGAAUGAGAAGGAUCGUACCAAGCGCAAGCUUCGCGAAUCGAACGAAUCGUCCACACAGCCACAGCAACCAUUGCCCCAGCGACGCCGUGUAUCGAAAUCAGCAGAAAAGGAAAACAUCGCAAUCGAAGGAGCCGACGGCGACACGAAUGGUGAUUCAACGGCGGUGGUGCCGGCGAAACAGAAGCCGGUGGUAGCUGACAAGAUAGCGUUGUCCCGCAAGAUUAGCAUCGUAAGCGACGAUGGAAGUACGGUCGGAACGACGGCACCGGUCGUACGACCGCCGAGCCCCGCCAAGCAUCUUACGAGCAAUAUAUUAUACAUUACGAACCUGGUCCGACCGUUCACUGUGCUGCAGCUGAAGGGUUUGCUGGCGCGUACCGGCAAAAUCAUGGAGAACGGGUUCUGGAUCGAUAAAAUCAAAUCGAAAUGCUACGUCAAGUACGAAACGGAAGAUGAAGCGACAGAAACAAGACACGCACUUCACGGCAUCCGUUGGCCCGUUUCGAAUCCCAAGUGUUUGGUAGUGGAUUUCGGUAGCGAGGAAGCGAUGGAUAAGGCCAUUCUUUCGACGCUUGAGGAUGGUGCUCUUCGCGCCACUAUGGAAGGCACGAAGGAAGGCAAAGAGUUCGGAUGGUCGCGCGAUGCUGUGAAAAAGGAGGAGACUGUGCGUCGUGUACGUGAAUGGGAUCUUGGCAAGAAGGAUGCCUUUGAUCCGGAACGGGAUGGCAGAGGAGGAGCAGCGCGGGAGCGUGAGGGUGCUGGAUUGGCUGACAAGGACAAGAUGGCGGCGGACCGGACAGGGCGGGAUCGGGAGCGUGGACGGGAGACGGAGGAAGGACAGCGUGAUGGACGAGGAAACCGACCCGAUGGAGCGCCAGGAGAUCGAAGCUUGGAACGGAAACGAUCAACGGAACGUGAAUUUGGACGGGAAAGAAGACGCAGUACCAGUGUGUCACCAGCGCGAAAAUUCAAAAAGAAGGAAAACGAACCUCCGAUAAGGCUGCUAGAUGAUUUGUUCAGAAAAACGAAAACCACGCCAUGCAUAUACUGGUUGCCGCUCACCACUGAACAGAUCGCUGUAAAGGAAGAGCAACGGCGUAAGAAUAUGGCCGAACACCAGCGCCGUCUAGAGGAACAGCGCAAGCAGGAGGAAGAGCGCGAGCGCGAACGGAAGCGCGAACGGGAACGGCGCGACCGGGAACGGGAGCGUGAACGCGAACGGGAUCGUGAGCGUGAUCGCGAACGUGACCGUGAUCGCCGCCGGUCGCGCUCCCGGGAACGCAGCCGUGGUGACGAUGGUGGCAGUGGUAGCCGGCGCAGGCACAGAUAAGCACAUUUUACAAUUUAGCCUUCUUCUUCUUCUCAUUUUUUAAACAUCAAAACCAUUAUCCCUGCCGGCUUACACGAGCGCCUAACACACACACACACACAACAACAACAAAAAAAUUAGAAGCGAAACAGUGGGGAGGAGAAGAGGAAGAACAAAGGCGGAAAUGCAAUUUCGAAAAAGGGAUUUGGUUUUGUAUAAGUCAGUAUGUAAGGAGGUAACCAUAGUCGUGGCGAAAAGGCCUUUUCAUUCUAAAGGCUUCGCGAGUAUAAAAAAGGCCGAUCAAGAAACAUUGGCCGAUGCACACAAGAAGGAAAGCAGCGAGUAGCAGAUAAGCACUAUACCUUUAUGUUUUCUGCCUCUUAUUUGCAUCCACAUCAGUGUGUGUGUGUACGUGUGUACGUGUGUAUGAGUGUGUGGGAAGUUUCUUCCCUUAUUUUGAAAAUAUGGCUAAUAAUCAUCAGUGGAACUACAAAAGGACUACUGUACGGAUAGAUGAUCUCUCUUUCCUAUCCGAUCCGACUCACGUGUUCAGUUCAAUGCUCCUGUUACAUUGACCCUGCACCGUAAACAAUACUGUUUAUUGUAUUAAUUAAUAAUAGCCUAUUAGUUUGUAGUACAGUUGACGCAGACUUACAACAGAGGGCAUCAGCAAAGCAGAGAUUAUUCCAUUCAUUCAUCGAUCCGCCUGCGUUCUCUCUUGCACCUUCUCCUCCCUUUUCUUCACCUGAACCGUUACACGUUAGGGAAGGUCGCUAGAUGAGAUGUAGCAACAAAUUGAAUUCUAAACCCUUUUUGUCAUAUUUCGUAAUAUUUCGACCGGGAGCAAAUGUCCCAGCGAGCGAUCCGGUGGCUCCGGUGAUUUACUCUAUCUUCUAACACAACAAAACCAAAUCACCACGAAAAAAGAAACAAACCCUAGCAAAAAGGGAAUUUAAAAGAUAGGUUCCACGGCCCCGUAACACAGGAAUGUUAACGGUUUUGACUAAUGACUCAUCCUAGGAUCGCUCUAUGAUACUGUUGACCGCUCCAAAUGCUCCACAAUGUUUUAGAGAUACAAAGGCCGCCACAAAGGGUGGUACCGGUAAACGUGUUUUGUUCACGAAGGCAGCAGGGUCAAUUCGACCAAAUUUGCCCCCUCACCCCACCCUCAUUUUUCAUCGACAUCCGACACAUCGCCCCGGGUGUGCCCCGUCUCCAGCUUCGUCACGAGCGUGUGGAUUAAUGUGAGACGUCGUUGUAUCAAAAGGGAUCCAUCCAUCCGUCAGGCUUCUGCUAGGCAUGCUCUGCAUCGGGUGUCUACAUAUUCACUUCAGUUUCGGAAGUACAUCAGUAAAGAUUUCCUGAUCGCCUUGAUGAGCGUGUACGACACAUCGAGUGUGAAUCCAAAGAAAUUUAUUGUUUCCCCCCCGUCAACAACUACAAAUUGCUGUCGUCUUAGGGCAUCACCGUCACUGGUUGUGGGCACCACACGACCCCGCUAAACCCCGGGAAAAAGACCCCGGCCGGACAUUAUCCUUUAGCUCGAUGAUAUGGCAAAACGUUGCACCACUGGGCGCAUGCCAUUCUAAGUGUGUAUGUGUGUCCUUUUCCGGGAAAGAAUUUGAACUGUAAAAAAAACACACACACACACGCAAAAAUUGCAUGAUGAAAUACACGUUUUACUAUCAAGAAA